AUGUUAACGGGGGGACCGUCCCUGGGUGUGGAGCUCACUCCGCCUGACAAUGGACACAACCAUGGCCAUACUCAUCGCGGUCACUCACGAUCCAAUCGCUGGGCGCAACCUCCGCCUCCCAUCCCACAGUCGGUCAACAGCCUCCCCCAACCUGACGUCAAUGGGGUGAAUUCAAGCUAUUCAUACGGACAUGCGCAUCAAUCUUCGAACAGCCAUAAACGCUCGCAUUCGAGCGCCCAACACGAUCACCAUGAUCACGACCAUGCAAACGACGACCAUGGCCAUCACCACGAUCACGAUCAUCAUGGCCAUCAUGGCCAUCAUGGUCAUACCCAUAGUGUAUCUUCGGUUCAUAAUUGCGCGCUGCAAAAUCCCGAUUCAAAAAGCGCCCAUGGAUUUAUGCCCGUGGAUACAACUAUCAAGGCAGAUUCCAGCCCCGAUCAAAUUCAUGAGAUCUUGAAUGGCGCUCUUAUUGUUUUGCCCUGGAUUGUGCUAUCUUGGUAUAACAGGAAGAUUGCGCAAGCACCUGGGUCGGUUCCUACAGAUACCGCGAAAGCAGCAAUUCCCAUUGUGUCUGUGGGGCAAGUCGGACAGAAAACAUGCAUCUUGACUGCAUUCACGCUUGUGUUGUUCGGCUGUGGUCAGCUGCUCCGAAUCAACCUCCAGAAGACAGGACCAUUAGGGGCAUCGUCAAUCAAAUUCCCGGCUGUGAAUGCGAAGACCGCUCAAGCUUCUCUUUCACAGAUUUUCUCGGUAGCACUGCCGAUAUUCGCAGCGCUGAAAAUCGGUGGCUUUUUGGUUGCCUUUGCGCUACUCCUUGUGAGUGCAUCAGGGGUACCGACUGUCAUCAAUAGCAACCCCCGCGCCCAGGAACGAUACAGUAAAAAGAAGAUGUCCCUUGCUCUUCUUUCACUGGUUACUGUGUCAAGUUUUUUGGGGCUGAACUAUCCCUGGGACUCGUCUCCUUUCUUUGGAUAUGUCGCUCUCUUGGCAUCUAUCUUCAUUUUGGCUCCCCCGUUCCCUUAUUUGCGUCAGGAUGGCCCUAUCCCUGAGCCAGGUCUCGUUGCAUUGCACGGAAAAACUUCCGACAUAAGCCAGUCUUCUAUCGUAGUUACAACUGACGCACCAUUGGCUGUCAUAUCCGGAUUCUCUCUUGCGCUGCUCACUCUAGUUUUCACUCGAGGAAUCGGCUUCGGCGUGUCAGAUACGUCAUAUCUCCUCGUCCCUACAGGGCUGUUUGCGGUUUCUCUCAUGGCGUCUCUGCCCAAAGGUCUUCGAUCUUCCAACAAAACCGGGCUCGUUAUCAGCACUGGAGCUGCAGCCCUUCUUUGCUCCCCUCACAUGCAGGAUAAUUUUAUUAUAUUAUAUGCUGCGCGUGGAAUCUUAUCCAUGGCCUCGUUCUUGGCUUCCCGAAUGGAUGAUAGUCAUUUGCAUUCCGAUUCCCACGCACACAAUCACACAAGCCACAGUCACAGUCAUUCGCACGCCAUCGUCGAAGCGUCGCGCGUGUCGAAGUGGCUCCUCCAUAAGAGCGAGCCCUACCCUUUGCUACAUAGCAUUCUGAAAGAGAAGGACUCUCGUAGUAUCUUCUACUUCAUGUGUUUAAACUUUACUUUUAUGCUCGUUCAGCUAUCUUAUGGUUUCCUGACUGGAUCAUUGGGCUUGCUUAGUGACAGUAUUCACAUGUUCUUCGAUUGUCUCGCGCUUGUGGUUGGUUUAUGCGCUGCUGUCAUGAGCAAAUGGCCUCCGAACGCUCGAUUCCCUUACGGCUAUGGGAAAGUUGACACGUUGUCUGGAUUUGCCAAUGGCAUUUUCCUCAUGAUCAUCAGCGUGGAGAUCAUUUACGAGGCGGUGGAACGGCUGUCAUCAGGAAGUGAAAUGCAACGUAUCGGGGAGCUUUUGGCUGUCAGCAUUGCUGGUUUAGCCGUCAAUCUUGUCGGCAUCUUCAGCUUUGAGCAUGGUCAUCAUCAUGGCCACGAUCACGGGCAUGGCCACUCUCAUGGCAAUGAGAACAUGCACGGCAUCUUCUUGCAUAUUCUUGCAGAUACACUUGGAUCGGUGGCUGUUGUGAUAUCGACCAUUCUUGUGCACUAUUCUGGCUGGUCGGGCUACGACCCUUUGGCAUCUUGCUUUAUUGCCAUACUAAUCUUCGCCUCGGCGGUUCCCCUGGUCACGAGCACCGCCAAAUCCUUGCUGCUCACUCUACCAGCCGAUACCGAAUAUAAUGUUCGUGAAACCUUAGCGGGUGUCAGCACCUUGAGGGGCGUGGUCAGUUAUACCGUACCCAAAUUUUGGCUCGAUGAUACCGGGACAACGUCAGAGCACAGCCAUUCACAUGAUCACCCCGAUCAUGGCGAUUGCGGACAUCAACACAAUUAUAGUCACAGCCACCAUGGCCAUGACCAUGACCAUGAUCACGGCCACUCCCAUACGCAUAGCCAUUCUCAUGCUCACGAUCAUGAUCAUGAUCAUGACCAUGACCACGAGCACGAGAAAAAGCCACAGAACAUCUUCGGUGUGAUUCACGUCAUUGCGUCCCGGGGCGCAGAUUUCGAAGAUGUGCGUCAAAGGACUGUCGAUUAUCUCCGCGAAAGAAAUAUGGAUAUUCUGGUCCAAGUUGAGCGCGAUGGAGAUGCACGCUGUUGGUGUGGUGGCGGAGGCAAGGGCUUGUAA